AACAGAAAGGACAACAGUGUGCUUUGCGCACACCGCUGUAGUUUUCUAAAAACAUUGCGGUUUUAAUUUCUACAUGGCUACCUGGUUGUCAGCGUGAAGACAAACAUGCUGAAAUUCAAGUACGUGAGUCAGGGAAACCUGAAAACACUCGGUUCCGCUGCCGACCCCAUCACCAGCCGCAGUUUGAGACUUAACCAGGUGUUUCAGGGAAGAGUGAGCUUAUGUGGGCAGCAGGGAGGACGGGAGGACCUUCUGGAGGCCCUUCUGCUUCUCUAUCAGGAGUGCAGCUCCCCAGAGCUCAUGAAAAUACAUCAUGUUGCAAAGUUUGUCAAUAAAUUUUCUGAAACGGUCUCAGAGCUGCGUGCUCUGCAGCCAGGAAAUCAGGACUUUGAGGUCCGUGCUGUGGUGGGCCGUGGUCGCUUUGCUGAGGUUCGAGUGGUCAAAGAGAAAGCUACCGGAGAGGUGUUUGCACUUAAAGUGAUGAACAAGACGGUGCUGCGCACCCAAGAAAGUGGGGUUUUUCAUGAAGAGGAACGAAGGAUCUUGUCUCUAAACAGUAGUGCCUGGAUUCCACAGCUGGUGUAUGCCUUUCAAGAUACAGAUCAUGUCUACUUGGCUAUGGAGUACCUUCCAGGUGGUGACCUGAUGUCCCUGCUGAACCGAUACGAGGAUCAGUUUGACGAGUCAAUGGCUCAGUUUUAUUUGGCUGAGCUUGUAGAGGCCAUUCAUGCAGUCCACCAGCUGGGUUACGUCCACAGAGACAUCAAACCAGAAAACAUUCUCAUCGAUCGAACUGGUCACAUCAAGCUAGCUGAUUUUGGAUCAGCUGCUAAGUUGACUGCAAACAAAACAGUGACUGCUGCCGCAAUACCUGUUGACACCCAUGACUUCCUCUCAUCUGAGGUUCUGACAGCUAUGAAUGGGGGUUCUCACGGCUCCUAUGGGGUUGAGUGUGACUGGUGGUCUCUAGGGGUUAUCGCUUAUGAAAUGAUCUAUGCCAAGUCGCCUUUUGCUGAUGCUACUUCUCCCAAGACCAUUCGCAAUAUUCUUAACUUUCAGCGUUACUUAAAGUUUCCAGAAGAGCCAUGUGCCAGUAGGCAGUUUGUUGACUUGGUGCAGAGCUUGCUGUGUGGAGCCAAAGAACGUUUGGGUUUUGAGGGACUCCGCUGUCACUCUUUCUUCUCUAAUGUUGACUGGAACAACCUACGACAAGUUCUGCCGCCUUUCGUUCCUGCAUUGCAUGCUGAGGAUGACACCUCUAAUUUUGAGGAGCCGGAGCAGGCUGCCCCCUGGCCAGCCUCAGCAGCCCAGCCAGGAGCUCUGCCAGUGGGCUUUCAGGGCCAGGAUCUGCCCUUUCUAGGCUGGUUCUUUAGCAGGGCAUUAGCAGCAUUGACCAAAACUGAGUCAGUGUCUCCAGGCCUAAACUCUCCUGCUAAGACCAACUCUAUGGAAAAGAAGCUGCAUCUUAAAGGCAAAGAAUUACAAGAAACUCAAGACAAAUGCCAUAAGAUGGAGCAGGAAAUCUCCAGGUUCCAGCGUAAAAUGACUGACCUGGAGUCGGUCCUCCACCAGAAGGAUGUGGAGCUGAAAGCCUCAGAGACACAGAGAAGCAUCCUGGAGCAAGACCUCGCCACCUACAUUACUGAAUGCAGCAGCCUGAAGAGAAGCUUGGAGGAGGCGCGUGUGGAAGUCUCCAGAGAGGACGAUAAGGCCAUGCAGCUUCUGCAUGACAUAAGAGAACAGAGCAACAAGCUACAAGAGAUUAAGGAACAAGAGUACCAUGCCCAACUGGAGGAAAUGCAGGUGACCAUCAGGCAGCUGGAGGAGGACCUGUCCGCUGCUCGGCGUCGCAGCGACCUCUACGAGUCUGAGCUCAGAGACUCCAGACAAACAAGCGAGGAGCUCAAACGGAAAGCUGUGGAAUACCAGCAGAGAAUUCAAAAGGCUAAAGAACAGGGAAAGGCUGACGUGGAGGAGCUUCUCUCCAAACUUGAGAAGACAAACUCUGAACAGCAGGUGAAAAUUCAAGAACUUCAGGACAAACUGUCCAAGGCAGUAAAAGCGAGCACUGAAGCCACCGAGCUUCUGCAGAAUGUCCGACAGGCCAAAGAGCGGCUGGAAAGAGAUCUGGAGCGCCUGCGAGGGAAAACUGACUCCAGCGAUACUUUAAAACGUCGCCUGAGGGAGACCGAGGAGGGCAGGAAAACUCUGGAAAACCAGGUGAAGAGGCUGGAAAUGGUUGAGCGGCGAGAGAAUAAGCUCAAAGAUGACAUUCAGACCAAAUCCCAGCAGAUCCAACAGAUGGCUGAAAAGAUCCUGGAGCUGGAGGAGAACCUGAGGGAGGCCCAGUCAACCGCUCAGAGGAUGGAAACGCAGCUUGUUCAGAAGGAGAGGCUUUUUGAAGAUAAGAUCAAGGUCCUGGAAACGCAGAUGAAGGCGGACCUGACAGAGAAGGAGAGCCUCGAGACGAAGAGGGCACAGCAGGAGGAGGAGUCAAGGGAGAACUGUAAACUCAUCAGUGAACAGAAAGCAACCAUCAAUGCUAUGGAUUCCAAGAUGAAGAACCUGGAACAGCGCAUAGCUGAGCUGUCAGAGGCUAAUAAGUUGGCCGCUAACAGCAGCAUCUACACCCAGAAGAAUAUGAAAGCCCAGGAGGAGAUGAUCUCAGAACUCCGACAGCAAAAGUUUUAUUUGGAAUCUCAAGCAGGUAAGCUUGAGGCCCAGAAUGCCAAACUAGAAGAACACCUGGAGAAGAUGAGUCAGCAGGAGCAAACCAGGAGAAGCCGGCUGAUGGAGCUGGAGAGCCGGUUACGGGAGAUGGGCCUAGAACAUGAAGAAGAGAAGCUGGAGAUCAAAAGACAGGUGUCUGAGUUGACCUUGUCUUUGCAAGAGCGUGAGUCCCAGAUCAGCAGUCUGCAGGCUGCCCGCCUUGCUCUGGAGAGUCAGCUACAGCAAGCUAAGACCGAGCUGGAAGAGACUACUGCUGAGGCUGAAGAGGAGAUCACCGCACUGAGGAACCACAGAGAUGAGAUUCAGCGCAAAUUUGAUGCCUUAAGAGACAGUUGCUCAGUGAUCACUGACCUGGAGGAGCAGCUUACCCAGCUGAGUCAGGAGAACGCCGAGUUGAACCGCCAAAACUUCUACUUGUCAAAACAACUCGAUGAAGCUUCAGACGAACGGGAGGAUAAGCUGCAGCUCAGCCAGGAGGUGGACCGCCUCAGGAGGGAGGUGGCUGACCGUGAGAUGCACCUCAACAACCAGAAA